AACUUUGUUAAGAAAUCUGAUGAGUUGUGGGUUCGUGUGUUACAGGCUAAGUACUUUAAACAGGUUCCAAAUAUCCAGCCCCCAAACAUGGCGCCAGCGAAGAUUCUGCUGUGUGGGGUCCGGAAUCCUGCAUGUGUUGCGGACUUCCCUUUUUCCAGGUUAACUUGGUUGCAACUUACUCAGUUUUCUGAUCGACUAGACUUCUUCAGAAGUUCCUUACAGGAGUGGAUCCUUGGCAACAUUCGAGAUGCCCACUCUAGUCUGGAGUUCGACAUUAUUUGCUGGUCCCUUUGGCGAACCAUGAACGACAGAGUCUUCGCAGGCAAAUUCGUCACAAUAGAAGCUGCUCUACAGUGCGUCCUGACAUGGGUAAAUGUCGUGCGGACUACUUUGGACAAAGACAUACUAUUUCAUACUCCUCAUCUACCCAUGAGAACGGAGGUGGAGAUCACUUGGAAGGCGCCACCUCCUGAGUGGAUCACUCUCAAUUCAGACGGCUUCGUCAUUCCUGAUUCAGGCCACGCUGCGGCGGGUGGCCUGAUUAGAGAUCACACAAGAUGCUGCAUUGCGACAUUUACUUUAAACUUAGGGAUAUGCUCUAUCACCCGAGCAGAAUUGAGAGGCGCUGUUGAAGGGCUCAGUUGGCAUGAGAGAAUGGUUACCGCAGAGUUCGCAUUGAGCUCGACUCUUGGUGCGCGGUCCAGCUCCUACAGAGUAGUGAGGUGUCAGACCAUCACU